CUCCUUGCCCACACCUUAUUCGUGGACGUUCGUGGUCAUGUCCAACUAUGAGCAAUUACAUCGACAAUGCAGGACCCUAGAAAAUCUUUUCGACACAAAGCUCACUUCGUAUUCUCAAAUUGUCUCUGCAAUAUCCAGGUCAACCGACGAUGUGGAAGCCAGUGGGUCCAGAGAACGAUGGAAGGACCUUGAAAUAGAGUUAGACGAAUUACUUGAGAAGCUUGAAGAAAUAAAUGAACAGCUACUUGCACUUUCCAAGAAACCCGACAGUCUCUCACCCUCAAUGCUGCGCGCCGUCGAGAACCACAGAGUAGUUUACCAGGGCAGUUCCAGAGAGUUGCAACGUACCAAGGCCAACGUUAAGAAUGCACUGGACCAAGCGAAUCUGUUGAGUGGUGUUCGGAAUGAUAUUGAUGCAUAUAAGUCUUCCGCUGCAGACUCUUUAUUGGCUGAACGUGGACGGAUUGAUAGUUCGCACCGAAUGGCUGAUGAAAUAUUGGAACAAGCUUAUGAAACACGGGCAGAAUUCAGUAGGCAAGGGGUAUCGUUGGCUGGAAUCAGCACGAGGAUGGUGAACGUACUGAACUCAAUGCCCGGCAUCAAUAACGUCGUUGCGAUGAUAAAGUCAAGGCGACGGCGAGAUUCCAUCAUUAUGGGCGUUGUCAUUGGAUUCUGUAUUCUCCUACUUCUCUCAUACCUAUGGAAUUAAUAUAUUUGUUCAUACAUUCUUAAUAUAUUAUGUACACUUUCCUAUACCUUCUACUAUCCUGAUUCGUCCCCUGAAGGCUCGUCAUCACUCAAUCCAGUCCUCUUUUCCCUAUUCUUUUUGGGACUUGCGACAGGUGCAUGGUUACCCAAUCGAAACUUCUUCCAGUUUCUCUCCAGCAGACGCACUGCACCCCAGUCAGAAUCGGCAACAUUUUCCACCCAUUCGGUUUCUAGGUUCCAUCCUUUGACGUCGGCCACUGUCCGUAACAUGUCCCACGUUCUUUCCGUGCACAUUGAGAUAUCAUGGAAAUCGCUUUCCACAAGCACACGAUCAGGAGAACAGGCUUCAAUCAGGGCUCUGUGACUCGGGGACCUGCUGUUGAUACCAG